AUAUGGUGCAUUUAGGAGACAAAUACACAAACUUUUAUGCCAGUAAUCACUCUGUGGUGUAAACAGGACAUGAUUCGAACAUUUAAGCCUUCAAGCUUCUUCUCGCGUCACAAACAUACCCCACGAGGACAAGAUUUUCUUGAAUCACCUGAGCAACAAAGAAGACUGAUAAGAACAAUAAACCGAGAUUACGAAGAAAACAGAUAUUGCAGGUUUUCUAGCAACAAAAUCAAAGCCUCAAUAGAGAGUAUUAGCAGCAGCUGUAGUGACAAGCCCACAAGAGACAUAAACCAACUUGGACAAACUUUUGGUGCAUCAACACUGGAACAUGAGUUUAUAUUACAGCCCAAGGACGACGAAAAGGCAAAACCACAGAACGAUUUAUGGAGGACUUGGGAUGCAUUUUACAGAUUCUGUCGUCUAUACAGUGUCAUUGGCACCAUUAUUGGCGUGAGUUCAGUCUCUCUGCUGCCCUUAACUUCAGUUGGUGAUUUGUCGCUUGGAUUUUUCGUGGGAUCACUGAAGGCAGUGCUUCCCCUGGCAUUUGUGAACAUCUAUGUGGCAGGAAUAAAUCAGUUGGUUGAUGUCGAAACUGAUAAGGUAAACAAGCCAUAUCUGCCACUAGCUUCUGGAGAAUAUUCCAUGGGGCAAGCGACGACGAUUGUCUCAGCAUUCGGGUUCAUGUGUUUGGCUAUGGGAAUCAUGUUUCAGUCCCCACCACUGUUUAUUGGAAUUCUUGUUUAUUUUUUGCUUGGAACUGCAUAUUCUAUUGAUCUACCUUUACUCAGAUGGAAAACAAAUCCCUAUCUUGCUGCAUUGUGUAUGGUCGGUGCAAGUGGACUCACCAUUCAACUUUCCGUCUUCUGUCACAUCCAGAGAUAUGUACUUGGCAGGCCAAUAGUGUUCACAAAGUCAUUAAGCUUUUCCGUCAUUUUCUUUAGCUUGUUUGCCGCUGUUCUUGCAAUGUUCAAGGACAUACCCGACGUAGAUGGUGAUCAAGAGUUCGGGAAUCGAACUUUCAGUGUUAGGCAUGGCAAAAAGAAAGUCUUUACUCUUUGUAUAACCCUUCUGCUGAUUGCCUACGGGUCUGCUGCGUUACUCGGAGCUUCAUCCUCCCUUCUCCUAAAUAAGCUUGUGUCUGUGAUAGGUCACUGCAUGCUGGCCUCUUCUCUUUGGCUUGGAGCUAAUUCACUUGACCUCAAUGACAAUGCAUCAGUGCAGUCCUUUUACAUGUUCUUAUGGAAGCUGUUUAAUGCAGAGUAUGUACUCAUUCAUUUUAUCGGCUGAAAAGAUGUGCAAGUAUCUUUCGAUCAUUUGGUGUUGCGGAAGAUGUAAAUUUCUUGUCAUUAUCAUUUCGCAAAUACCAAACUUUGUGUCGUCAAAAAGUGUUUUGUAGUAUUUUUCUCCGUUUGAACUAGUGUAGUCAGAGCAUCUCCAAGGAGAUAAUUAUAACUGUUUUUCGAAGAGAUAAUUAUAACUAUUGGUUAAAAAUAUAGAUAUAUACUAAUAUUUA